AUGAAGUUUUUUAUAAUCAUUCUUGCCCUAGUGGCUUCUAUUCUCGCAUUACCACAGAGCAUAUUUACGCCCAUAUGCCCGGCCAACUUCCUCCAGCCACAUGGCAAACUGCCGGCAGGCCGCUCCGUCACCCCCGAAAACAUCUUCCCCAUCAGCUACAGGCGCCCACGCGAAGUCUUUCUCCCAUCCAAGUGGGCGAAAAUAACACAACACGACUUUUGCACCAUUUUCAAUUUCGAGAUUGAAAACGUGCAAGCGCACAACAAAAACUGCCAUCUGAUCUUCAACUUCCCCCCGCGAAGACGAGAUCGAAAAUUAUACACCAUCGUCGGCUCCAGCAACUUCACGUUCAAAACUUACAAUGUCCUCAACGCCUGGGCCAUGCCGGGCAAUACAACAUGGGAAACACAACCGCUCUGGUCAAGCAAGCCGGCAGUCAACAAGAGAUUGAGGCCCGGAAAGAGCUACAUCAUCCAGCAAGAACCAUGUCGCAUUCCGUUCAGUAAGGGACGGACGGUCCGGAGUGUGUUGAUGUGUUCGGCAGACUCGACGUUUGAGUUUUUGGAGAGCAGUGAAAUCUGUCCUUUAGGACUGUUUAUGAUUUUUACAGAUGAUUGA